CUCUUCUCAGUCUCCACGGCAGGCGGAUUGGAUUAGAACCUGCAGCAACAUGUUCGCCAAAAUGAGGCUAGCGGCUUUGUGUCUCCUGUGGCUGCCGUGUGUACUGUCUCGCCCCGCCGAGGAGGUCACCAAUCGGGAGGUCGCCACAUCAGAGGUCACAGUCUCGAAAGCUGACCCAACCAAGGUCAAAGAGAUCGAACCUGAAGACGAGCGGCUGCGAAGGUCUCCCCAACAGUGGGCCUUCCAAGUCAUAGACCUCGCAAACCCCUUCGGCUUCCGUGCCCAAGAGAACGAGAUUCCCUUCGCGACGCGAAACAAGUUCACGCCACCUGAACACCCGUCGAAGGAAGCCCGCGAGCGCAUGUACGCCUUCCUCCUGCAGCACGACGUUCCUCCUCACGUCCACAUCGUCCUCGAGGACGAGCCUUACUUCGGCACCUUCGACCACGCCAAGGCAAUCCUGCAGCUUCAGCAUUAUCGGAAACGGAACGACCUCACGCCUCACAUGCUCAAGAGUCUUCGGCCUUUCUUCCCCUUCUACAGCAGCAACUGACGAGCGCUCGCAGGCUCCUGUUGCCUCGGAACGGAAAGCAACUUAUCAUAAGUCGGGAACUAGGUGAAGAGAUGUGUAUUUUUUUUUAUUAUCCUUUCGGUACUGUAUAGAUAUGUGUACAAAGGUGUGUUUAUCAAUGGUUCAGACAUGAUAGCCUGAUCAGUAGAACGGACGGAGAACCAGCUGCUUGAAUAGCAAGGAGCUUCUGAGGUAUCUCGCCUGUCGACUCAUUUUCAGUCAAGAAAAAAAAAAAAUAUAUAUAUAUAUACCAGCAAGUCAUUUGUAAAGCAUAAAUAAUUCUGAGAAUAUUUUCCUCUGCCUGAUAUCAUCACAGCGAAUAUUGAUGCACGUUUUUUCACAAUAACAUUCCCCUUUACUAACACACUCCAGGGAGCGAUUGCCUGUAUAUAUGCGUAGUUGAUCAAUGUCCCACCCACUUCAUGUGCCCCAUUCAUUUGCUAUUAUUCUGCAGCGCACUUUGUUUUACAUUAACUUGUCAGGAUUAAGACUUUCUACUGCAUCAGUUUUGGAAACAGUUUAUAUUUAUCUGUCUGUAUAGUGUAUUGUACAUAUUCUAUAAACGAUGAAAUGCUAUUGUAUCUUAAAUAUCUCGAAAGAAUUUUAUAUCAAAUCAACGUAAUAAAAGAAAAACUUUU